GCUUUCAAUUUCUGCUGCUUUUUUUUCUCGUCGUAUUUUGUUUUCCAAAGUUUCAUCGUGGUUUUUUUAAAGUAAAUAUAUAUGUUUUUGCUCGACAAAAAGCCUACUUAUUCUUUGGAUUUUUGAGAAUUACCUAUGACAAGUGAGGUGUACUACUCACGUAUUUUAGACCCUAGUUUUUCUGUCUUGUAGAUCCACAUCGUAGCAUUCUGAACCUUACGUUUACUUUUGUUUUGGCGUCAACAUUUAGUCAAAUAUUUCAUAUUAUCAGUGGAAAUAUUUUCAAGUGUCUUAAAUUUAAGAAAGAAUGGGAGAUUGAUCAACCAAUCCUUGUAUAUUACUGAAGGAACAUGUGUUGAGCCUUAUCAUACCCCACCCUUCGUCUUGACACCUGUGAGGACGCAAGGAAGACUUUGUCACUUGAGACCCUUUAAGUGACUGUUUUAGCCGUUGCGUGACUGCACAACUUCGGCGCAUCUGCAGAGGACAAGACUGCAGCAAUGGAGAGAAUUUCAAAUGAAAGUGACUUUUGGCAAUUUAACGAAUCCUGGCGGAACUCAAGUCUCGUUAACGGGACCGGUUUGUUGAAUCAGACGAACCCUCUGAAGCGAAAUGAAGAAGUGGCGAAGGUGGAGGUGACUGUGCUCGCCCUGGUGCUGUUUCUGGCGCUGGCGGGGAACCUGUGCGUCCUGCUGGCCAUCCACACCACCAAGCACAGCCAUUCCCGCAUGUACUACUUCAUGAAGCACCUGAGCAUCGCCGAUCUAGUUGUGGCGAUAUUUCAAGUUCUCCCUCAACUUAUCUGGGACAUUACAUUUCGCUUCUAUGGACCGGACAUUUUGUGCAGGUUGGUGAAAUACCUACAAGUCGUUGGGAUGUUUGCCUCGACUUACAUGUUAGUUUUGAUGUCCGUAGACAGGUGUUUGGCAAUUUGUCAGCCUCUCCGUUCUUUGCACAGGAGAAAAGACCGUUUCUAUGUCAUCUUUUCCUGGGUCUUGAGCCUGAUCUUCAGUAUUCCACAGAUGUUCAUUUUCUCCCUAAUCGAGGUUGGCUCAGCCGGAUCAGGAGUGUAUGACUGCUGGGGCGACUUCGUGAAGCCUUGGGGUGCCAAAGCUUACAUUACAUGGAUCAGCCUCACCAUAUAUAUCAUUCCAGUGGCGAUACUGAGCAUUUGCUACGGGUUGAUAAGCUUCAAAAUCUGGCAAAACUUUAAACUGAAAACCCGACGCGAGCAGUGUAUAAGCCUGACACCCAAAGCCUCCAAAUGCAACACACUGUCCCGCGUGAGCAGCGUUAAGCUCAUCUCCAAGGCGAAGAUAACCACCGUGAAAAUGACUUUUGUGAUCGUCGUGGCAUAUAUCGUUUGUUGGACCCCCUUUUUCUCUGUUCAGAUGUGGUCUGCGUGGGAUCCAGCAGCACCCCGUGAGGCCAUGCCCUUCAUCAUCUCCAUGCUACUGGCCAGCUUGAACAGCUGCUGUAACCCUUGGAUCUAUAUGUGCUUCGCCGGGCAUCUGUUCCAGGAUCUGAGGCAGAACUUUCUGUGCUGUUCCACUCGCUACCUCAUGUCAUCCCAGUGCCGCUGUGAGCGUGACUUUGACUCCAGUCACAAGAGCAAUUCCUCAACCUUUGCCAUUAAGAGCACUAGCAGCCAGAGGAGCAUCACACAGACUUCCACCACAUAAGCUCCCGCCCUCCCUUCCCUUCUUUUUCUCGAGCUGCCUCACACCACACGCCGUCAUAUCCAGCCGUUCUCCUUCAGAUACCUCUCGCCCCUGGGUCUUACUGCUUGCAAG